AUGAAGUUGUCUUUGCUUUCUCUUGCUGCUAUCUCUGUCAGUAUUGCUGCUACUGCUGCUGUUGUGUCUCCUACUCGUAUUGACAAAAUCAUUGCUUAUGCUGAUAGUUUCACAGACAAUGGUAAUGUGUUUUCUCAUACUAAUUUCCCUCCCACUCCACCUUAUUAUCAAGGUCGAUUCAGUAAUGGCCCUACAUGGCUUGAAUAUGUCAAUCAAAACUUGAUUGGUGUGGCUGUCAUGAACUAUGGUUAUGCUUAUGCCACCACAAACAAUGUGGAUGUCUAUAGUCAAGUAGGUAACUACAUUGUGCCUGGAUUAAAGCAACAAGUGGAGACUAUCUUUGUGAAUGGCACAUCUAAAGAUCUUUAUGUGAUCUUCUUUGGCUAUAAUGACUUGAAUGCCAUCUUGAACCCUAAUAUUUAUUAUACUAUCAACAAGAGAUACAGUAAGGAAAAAGUUGUUCAAAACGUGAUAGAAUCUGUUCAGCAGUUAGUCAAGAUGUAUGGUGCCAAACACUUCUUGAUCAUGACUGCACCUCCUUUCGAUCAGUUCCCUGCCUUUAAAGGCAUUCGUCAACAAGAGACAACGCAGCUUAUCAAGGAUUAUAAUGCUUUGUUACAGUCUCGAUUGCUUCAAAAAGUGAAAGGAGUCGAUAUCAAGUUUCUAGACGACAAUGCUUGGUUGUUAGAACAAUUGGCUCAUCCUGAAAAAGUGAAUGUAAAGACAACAUCUGAGCCUUGUGUUUGGGGAUUAGGUAACACGACUUCUUGUGAUGAUGCUGAAAAUCAUUUUUUUUGGGAUUCUUUUCAUCCUACGACCAAGGUUCACCAAGCCAUGGGUGAAUGGGUUGUGAGUCAAUUAAAGGGACUUUAUGAACUCAAACACCAUUAA